AUGACCUCUCACUCGAAUGCUUCCAAGGCUCUCCGAAGAGCGGGGUUCAUACUCAUGGCAGACCUUCUCCACCACUCUCCUUCAUUCUUCAAACCGCCCAAAACUCAACCAUCUUCGCCAUCAGAGACUCAGCAAUCAGAAACACCUCACAUCCUUUUUGGUUCCUCAAAACCCUCCUCCUCUACCACACCACCACCUACAACCCCUUCUCCUUCCACGACCUCCUCAACAUGUCCCAAGGAACCUGCCUCACAACUCUCCUUCGCCACAAAAACAUCUCCCUCACCAAAGUUGACCGUGCACGAAACUCCGUCGAGAUUAACAACGUGUUGA